AAGUACGUGGGGUGCGUUCCGGCUCUCAUCAUAUGUUCGCGAUCUUCCUCGGAGUUUGAGCCUCGGCUGCAUCAGAGGAGAGUGUGGUCGCGGUAGGUGAGGGCGCUGCAUACGUGGAUGCACGAAGGAGAAGCGAAGUGUCGCCUUUGGAAAAGGAAAGUCGAAUGAAAAUAUGGAGAAAGGUGCGGUCGUGACAGUAGGCCAGCAAGGUACACCGGAUGUCGUGGUUGGCAGCUACCUGGUUGUUAUUGGAACGAUUGGAAGUCUCCUCAACUCCGUUCUGCUGGCCAUGUACAUUCGCAUGGGUUCGUCCCUGAAUCCGACCAGCCUUCUCCUGAUCAACUUACUCAUCUCUGACUUGGGCAUCCUCCUCUUCGGUUUCCCUUUCUCUGCUUCCUCCAGCUUCCACGGAAGUUGGCUAUUUGAAGACUGGGGCUGCCAGCUGUACGCCUUCCUGGGUUUCCUCUUCGGUUCUGCACACAUUGGCACGCUGACGUUUCUCGCACUAGAUCGAUAUCUUGCCACCUGCCGCGUUGAGUUUCGCGGGAAGCUGACAUACAAGCGGUACUUGCAACUCAUUCUGACAGUGUGGUGUUACUCGAUCUUUUGGGCCGCCAUGCCUCUUCUAGGUUGGGGAAGCUACGGCAUAGAACCAUCGGUGCAGUCGUGCACAAUCAACUGGAGGAAGAACGACGCUGCUUAUAAAUCAUUCACCAUCGUGUACUUCGUCCUGGGUUACGUCGCUCCCCUGUUGAUCGUCAUCGUCUGCUACCGUUCUUCUGCCAUCCAUAUCCUCGCUCCCAGGGUAGCUAAUCGGACUGCGGACAGUUGGGCAAAUGAGGACACGGUCACGUGGAUGGUGGUACUGAUAAUCCUGUCCUUCUUCGUGGCCUGGACCCCUUAUGCGCUGCUGUGCAUGUGGGCGGUGUUCGGCGAUCCGUGGUCCGUGCCAUGGAUACUGGCUCUUAUUCCACCGCUAUGCGCCAAGACAUGCAGCGCUAUGGACCCCUUCAUCUACUUCUUGAGUAACCCGAAAAUCCGUGCUGACGUUCGAAAGCUGUUCUCCCGCGAACGCCACACGAUCCAAGACGUGGCCAGGCCCCAGGACGUCGACACGCCAGAAGACGACCACGGGGUAACUCCUGACAAAAUGUCUUGGCCCAUGUAACGAUUUCUAGAACGAAUUCAAUGCGUAUACGUCACGAGAGUCUUCCCAAUCAUAUUCCUCUUCGCAGAUGACGUAACGCGAGGGCUGUGCUUGCAAAACACUAGUGCUGUUGGAGAAAAUUCCUGAGAUUUUGGGAGCUCUGCAUUCGCAGUGAGCCUGUCACAAUUCCAGAACUGCCUGCGAAGUUGAAGCCAUUGACCAAACUCGUUGUCAUUGACCGAAGUCGUCGAAACCGGUCCAAGGCAUGUGUGCCAUUCAUUGGACAAUCAAUAUCAGUACAUUGAAUUAAAUAGGAUGGUCAGGUU